CUGAGUGCUGGUGCUGGAGGCCGGCCGUUUCAUUCUCCUCACAGAACGCACCGGAGGCUAACACACUAUCACACACUCUCCUACAGGCAAGAACACAGAGGCUCAUACACACACACCCACACUCACUCACAUCUAGGUAGGCAGUUAGGCAAUUUUGCCAACAUGUUCCAAUGCAGGAGUGGAGCUUCUUGGGCCAUCUGCCUCUUAAGAUCAUGAGCACAUAAAUUAAGGUAAUUUCAACAUUUGCAUAGACAAGACAUGAGGAGCACCUAAACCUUCAGAGAGGAGUUUUUCUUCCUUUCAUCUCUGAAGGCUGUUGGAACACUGUUGUGGAUUUCCAAGAUGAGCCUGAAAAAACGCAAACCGAGCGUGGCGUUCAGCUGGCAUAAGUCUUUUGCCAUCCUUGUCCCAUGGAGGAAAGGCAAAGGCGAUAUGACUUUAGAGAACGAGGUCGUGCUAACCAAGAUGAAGUUCUUCAACAACUUCCAUGAGGAACUUCUAAACGCCGAGGACACUGUGUCCACUGUUUCCAUGUCAAUGUCGGAGCAGGACAUUUCUGCACCACUUCAGGCUGAGGAAGCCAUCUCUGUUCACAGUGCCCCGCCUGAAACAAACAUGGAAGAGUCAAAGAAAGACUAUUUAUCUGCGAUUUUCUCUGAUUCCAAGCUACCAAUUUUGUACAAAUUUGAAUCGGAGGACUCUGGGGUAGAGAUGCCCAGUGGAGCGAACUCUCCGUCCACUCCAACAGGUUCAGAGCAGAGCUUUGUUGUUCACAGCAGAGAGUCCUCAUGUGACUCUGGCACUCUGAACCCUCCCAUACCAUCCAGCAGUUCUAUUCUAUUACUAGAACAGAGUACAGAUUCCUUAGAGACUGAGCAAACAUCAUGCAUGUAUGACCAAGAAGACAAUCUGACAGUAUUAGAAGACAGACCAAAGGAUCAGACAGACAGUGUUCUACUGGAGUCCUUGGGAGAUUCAGAAAGAGCAGAAAAUGGAACCUUAGGGAACAUCUCUGAGAUCAACGAGGAUGGUUUGGUAUGUGGGGACAUAGCAGAAGAAAGAGCAGAGAGUGAAGCUGCUGAGGACACAGGAUCAAGCAACCAUUCUAUUGAAGCUUAUGACGGCAACACAGGGGCGGAAUUGCAACAGCAGCCGCUAAGGAAAAGCACAACAAGUGACAGUCUGGAUGAGUACAUGGAGGAGUGCUGCAGGCUUAGUGAGGUGAACCAGGCUCGGUCAAAUCCACUGGGCUCAGGCCUGGGUUACCUGGAACACAUCUGCCAGCUUAUCGAGAAGAUUGGCCAGCUACAGGAGCACAACCUCAAACUGCAGAAACAGAUUUGCAACCUGCAGAAGGACAGCAAGAUGAUGAAGACUAAAGAGGACUUCUUUGUACAGCACUGUCACUGUGGUGCAGCUGGUCUGGCCUUUCAGGAGCUGAAGCGGUAUUCUCGCAGUGACUACCACAGCCUAGCAGCGUCCAACGGCACACUGUCCGACCUCACCACUAUCCCAGAGGGCACACGGAUCCCCCACCGGUCAGUCCUCAGAGAUGGUGGAGGAGGCUGCCAGUCAGUUGUGCCCAUGUGGAGAAGAGGCUUUAACAGGAGGAGCUACACAGAGGGGGAGGCCAGAUAUCUGAGUGACAGUGCAGAGGCCCUCUCUGCCCCCCAUAGACGACUAGAGAACUAUACGUGGGGCAGGGUGAAGGAGCUAGUGAAGAAGACCAGGCUGAGAAACCAAAGCAGACUGGGUCUGUCAUCCGGUUCCCUCAAGAGAUCAUGUCCGCAGCUAUACCGACCUGAACUGGGCCCAGUGGAAUUGUCCAGAAGAGACAGGAACUCUAUGAUCAUCCUGGGUCAUCAGAAACUGGACUAUCACUGGCCUCACUAAUAUAAAUCAGUUGGACACUGAACAGAUGGCGUAUGAUGGGGCAACGUUUCCCUGAAGAGGAGGACACGCUGAAGUUGUACAGACCCAGGCACCGAAAGACAGAGAGGAGAGGGAGGAUGAGAAGAUGUGGAUGAGAAAGUGAUCUGUGAUUGAUGUGAGAAGGGCAAAGUUGAAAUAUGGAGGCGACCUUCAUACUUGACACCCACAGAGUUCAACAGAAAAAUUCAUAUGUAUACAAUGGGCCUAUUCAUGCGGCUAGUUACUUUGUUAUUACAUGCGAGUGGCCAUAUAGAAAUGUUUAAAAUCUACUCUAUUAAUAUGUUGGGUGUCUGUAAAGUGUAUGCAGUGCCAUGGACAGGAAGAAUUAUCAGAGGGUAGUGUAAACAAGACAACUUACAAAUACAUGACUACAAACUUUUAAUUUAAAAAAAGAACAAAAGUGUAUCACAAAAUGGUGCCUUUCCAUAUAUUCAAAUAAAAUCUGUUUAAUCAAAAAUAUAAGUAAAAAUAAUGUGUAUUACCAAGUGCUUCUACAUAUGACAUUUUAUGGGAUCAUUUCAUGCUGUUCUGAACAUUUCUGUGAAAAAUCCUUAUGAAGCACUAAUAAUAACAAAAGUGAAACAUUUUAUAUUUUUAUAACUCUGUCAAGCUAGCUAUGUUCUGAAAAUAACUGCCUUGAGAUGACAGUAGGGGCUUUCCUUCCACGAGCGCGUACAGGGAUAACAACUUGAAUGCGUGAUGUGUAUAACAUAUGUAUGUUUGAAAGUGUAUAGCAGGGAGAGGAGCAUCUCUUCUCUGAAUUCCUACAUCAUUGAACAUAUAUCAUAUUGAUGGAGGUUUAUGAUAACACAGCAGAUGACCUACAACACUUGUGUGGUCCGACUGACUUUCAGCUGUUAUAUAACAUUUGCGAUUUUCACCCCUAAAUGUGUAGGAAUGUCCAGUGCGUGGACCGAUAAUCCUUUACCAUCACUUUAAAUGUGCUUCUUCAAUGCCUGCCAAGAAACUGUCUAGAGUCAUAUCUGCUUUUAUGUAAAUGCAUUAAAAGCACUCUUAUAGCAAAGCAGGACAGCACGUGGUGAUUUGACCAAGACAAGCCAAAAGGUUUUGCUUGCCUAGCACCAACAUUAGGUCAGUAGAGAAAGAUCAUUAAAACACUAAGGGCCCUCUCUUCACUGACACACACAAGAAAUGUUAUGCGUUUGGUCAUAUUGUGCCCUGCACUCCUUGCACUGCACAGAAGUGGAAUGGUUGGAAUACCCAAACUGAAGUUCUGUGAAAAUGAGGGAGCAGAAAGCAUGGUACUACCAACGUUGUUGGUGCAGAUUUUGUCUUUUUUCUCCUACUAGCUUGAUGCAUCUCAUUAAGAGAGGUUUUCCCACAACCUCCAAUAGCUGCUUGUAUAAAAGUCAAAGGCCUCUAGAAAGUCUUCAUAGCUAUCUUAACUUUUACUUGUUCCGUCUCUGUUUUCAUAGCCUAUUUUCUAAAGUUUGCAUUUGCCUCUCUCAGCCUCCUCUGCAUCAUCUGCAUUCAUGAAGUGGAAAAAAUCCAUUUGAACAGGCCUCUAACUCCGAAAGUCAGAGAGUUUCUACAGAGGCUUCCCCCCUUGGUGGUGCCCGUAGAACAAUAAUAGCAUGCUUUAAGCUCUUUAAGCAGACAUUCAAGUUCCUAUUUGUGUAUGAUAGGCUAUUUGUAAAUGAUACCACUAAACACAGGGGGAUACUUAGAUAACCAAAAGGUUAUGUGCAUUUUUGAUCAAACUAUAAAACUAUCGUAUCAUUUUCGGUGCUAUAAUAAUGGUAAUGGUCCACAUUUAAAGUAAAUGAAGCACUCCCCUUACUACUUUUUAGUAAGCUUUUUAAGAGCCUAUUAUAUGGACUUUGUGGCCAAACAAGUGCUAUUACUGUGUGCGUCUAUUUUUCCCGGUUGCAUUAACACUGUGAGGUGUGAAGCAGGAACUGCCGAGCUGAAAAAUUCUGACGUUGCAGUUGUCAUAAAUGCAACAUUAGCCUUGCUGUUUAAAAGUAUUAGAGAGGCAUGAUAUGAUUUGCUGAGCAGAACACCUAAUUAAUUAACACUACGGCAUAUUAAACUUCCUCCACCCCUCUGCCAGUGCGCCUUAGCUUAAAAAAAACAGCAUGCGCCCUUUGCACACACCCACAUGCCUUUUGUCAUGUAGUGUUUGUGUAGACUGUUGAGACUGACUGCAGAAAAAAGGCCCUGAAUCGUUUACUGAGUGUUUUGUUGUGUAUUGUACUCCUGUUAUCCCUUCACACUGUACUUACAUGUUUAUACGCAAAAUUUGUAAGAUGGAGAAAAUAUGUGACUUUUGAUGUAUGAAGAUGUUUUGUUUGUCAGGCUACGGACAAAAGACGAGAGCUGUCUUUAUACUGUGCAUUGUAUUGUACCUAAAUGGACAGAAUAUUUCAAUAUGCAUAUUGCAUUUGUAUUCAAAAUUAUUUUUAAUAAAUAAAGUUCUGAUAUUUCUAAAUAA